CAGAGGCGCCCCGCCCAGUUAGCAAGGUUGCGCGUGCCCCGUGCGACCGCCAAAAUGGUGGUGGGCGCUUUCCCUAUGGCGAAGCUGUUCUACUUGGGCAUCAGGCAAGUCAGCAAGCCGCUUGCCAACCGCAUUAAGGAGGCCGCCCGCCGAAGCGAGUUCUUCAAGACCUAUAUCUGCCUUCCGCCGGCUCAGCUGUACCACUGGGUGGAGAUGCGGACCAAGAUGCGUAUCAUGGGCUUCCGAGGCACAGUCAUCAAACCGCUGAACGAGGAGGCGGCUGCUGAGCUGGGUGCGGAGCUGCUGGGUGAGGCCACCAUCUUCGUCGUAGGCGGCGGCUGCCUGGUGCUGGAGUACUGGCGCCACCAGGCGCAGCAGCGCCGCAAGGAGGAGGAACAGCGCGCUGCCUGGGACACGAUGCGGGACGAGGUGGGCCACCUGGCCCUGGCACUCGAGGCACUGCAAGCACAGGUGCAGGCAGCACCGCAGCAGGGUGCCCUUGAAGAGCUACGCGCGCAGGUGCAGGAGGUGCGCGCCCAGCUCUGCACCCCAGACCAGCAGCUCACAUCCCAGGUUGCAUCUGCGACCCAGGCAAUGUCUGCAUCAUUCAAGAAAUAGGAAACUGCUGAAGCCUGAACUUGGACGUUGUGGUGUGUGCCGGUGGCCUUCCCCCAGUAUCACCCUUCCUGCACUGGCCCAGCAGAAACCACCAGGAUCAUUCGGUUACCCUCCACUAGUAGAUCAGUGGUACCUGCCACUGGGAGGGCUGAUGAAGUGUUACAACAUGGCUCACUCCACCAGCCCCCACCCUCACCCCCACCUCAAACCAGGAAGACCUGCACGGUCAGAGCCAGCAAGACAUCAGAGGUACUCUAAAAGAAGAAAAAAUGGAACCUGGACUUGAGCCAAAUCUAUUUGUAUUCUAGCAACUCCUCCCUACCCCCACUCCCUUGCCUUUUUUGUUACCUUUACUUGAUUUGUGUUACCUUUUUCUGGAAUACUCAUCCCUUGCACUGGAACACCCCCUUCCUUUCAUCAGUUGAUGCAGAGCAUUAUGGGGAAAUUCAGUAUCUUUCAAAGACCUUUUCUCCCUCUCAUCUUGUAAGGUCAACUCUAGCUGGGCAUCACUUCUCUCUUUAGAGGGGAAAAUGAAAGAUCCUGGCCUGCAGUUGAUCCACUGAAUCAUAUCUUCCCCUUCAACGUUUUGUGGUACCUUCCUCUAAGAUCCCAAAUGGAAUAUUACAGCAGAAGCCCCUUGUCCUUUAGUCUGUGGCACAACUCACUGGCAUGACUGUGCAAAGGCCCCCAGACCCUCUUCCAAAGUAGAUUUGAUCCUAACUAGGGCUACGCUUACCUGUCUUUCAGCUUCAGCCCCUGUUUGCUUGUCCUCAAAGUCCCUGGGCCUUGCACUGUGUGGUAUGUCCUUUCCUACCUGCUGGCCCAUGGACUAGAUUGUCACAUCCAUUAUCUUACAUCCUCUGUCUUCCAUUCUAGUUACUUGAGCUGUGUGCUCUUACUUUCUUCCCCUUGGGGCUCAUGGUCUGUUCCAAGAGCCUCCUUCAUGUACCCUUCAUGUAGUGAUGGGUACAUGCCUCCACAGCCCCAAGUCCCACAUCCAUCCCACUGGACUGGGCCACCAGUUGGUCCUAACUCAUUCCUGGGGCCACCAUAACAAAUUAUCAUAAACUUGAUGCUUAAAAACAACAGAAUGUAUUCUCACAGUUCUGGAGCCCUGAAAUCUGCAAAGUGUGAUCAGGGCUAUGCUCCUGUCAGCUUCUGGUGACUCUAGGCCUUCCUUGGCUCUGCCUCCAUCUUCAAAUGGGCUUCUUCAUCUCUUUUGUUUUUUAUAGGGACACCUCUCAUUGAAUUUAGGGCCCAUCCUAAAUCCAGGAUGAUCUCACUUCAAGAUCCUUAAUUGUAUCCUCAAAAACACUUUUUCCAAAUAAGCUCACCUUCACAGGUUCUGAUAUCAGUAGACAUACCUUUGGAGGACAUAUCUCCCCAACCCCAAGGGUAUGCUGGGCCUCCUGCCAACCCUGUGGGUCAUUCAGCAUCCACCACUGGCUGGAGAGGAACAGGAUUCAUCACAGAAAUGGGGAGGGGUAUGGGCCCCGCCAGUCUGCGUCCUGUGCUUUAAACUAAAGCUGUUUCCUAAUUAAAGGAGCCCCAAGGAGAGGGUAGUACCUUGAAGAUGUACCUGAGGACAUAAUGUGGAUCUCCAAAAUGGGUACAAAGCUUAUAAAAUGAGGACAGAAGCUGGGAUUUGGUGAGGAGGGGGCCAAGAGUCAUCCUAUGAGCUGGGAAAACUGAUGCAAAGGGACUUGCCUGAGUUGCCACAGCCGGGGAGGGGUCUUUGUAUUCAUUAAACAGGCAUAUUCAUGGAGCCACAGGUGAAGAUGGGAGGAGCAGGGGUUUCUCCUCUCACCUUAUUUCACAGGGGAAAAAAUUGCCUGAACACAGAGCCUACCCCAAAAGAAGACCAAGAAUGUGUUCUGAAACAGCAUCUCAAUUCCUUCUAGAAGAGAGAAGCUGGAGUAGAGGGAGCUGAGAAAGUAGGUCCUAAUAAGGGAAAGAAGACAAUGGGCAGAUACCACUGUAUGAAGGAGUGAUGAGGGACUGAUUGAUGGGCCAUCACCAGCAGAAAUGAGUUUGGAACCUGGUCUCCAUGGUUACCCCUUGGGAGGUCCACUGUGGCAGGCCAAGUUCUGUGAGUGCCCCACCCAGCAUAUCGAUAAAUGACAAAUGGCAGUCAUCAGAACAGAUAAAGAUGAUUGAGCUCUGAUGUUAAGUGCCAGUGCUGUUCUAACUGCUUUGCAUAAUCUCCAUCAUGUUAUUUUCUCCAUGUAUUGGUGAGGAAACUGAGGCACAGAGAGGGAAGGUCACCUGCUUUUGGUCACACAGGCAGAGGUGGGAUGUAAAGAUGGACCAGAGCCCCUGUCCUUGACCCUGGAAAUGCCCUGACCCUGAUGGAACACUGCUUACACAUCCUGGAGACCUCAGACUAAGCUCUGACAUAUCCUUAUAAGUGGCCAGUCCUUGUCAUCAGCUUCACCCACUGUGGUGGGGGUAGGCAGGGGUAGGUCAGGUUGUGGGGAAAUGGAAAGAACCCCUCUUAAAGUGCACGAGGCCAGCAGACAAUUCAUCACUUGGGUUUCCUAUUGGCUCAAAUUUUGUAUACUUUGCGGUUUGAGGAGGGGGGUUAGAAUAAAUUUGUAAAUGAA